CGGUGAUUGCGCUGGCUGGGAGCGGGUCUCGGCGAGACCGAGCGAGAAGCGUCUGCCAAGACACCCUGGCCUGAGCCGAUUCGCACUUACAGCGCCGUCUUUCCAAUUCUUGCUCUGGAACCACCUCCCCCGGCAAACAGUCUGCGAUUCACCGUCGCUGUGACGAGCAUCGACCAUCAAUAUCCCCGUCGGACCCCUCCGCCCAGUUCGCCGCUACCUCUAUCGCACACAUGGCCCUGGACACAUCGCAAUAUCGAGAUCGGGUUCGCGCGAUUCUCGAGUCGAGCGACCUGACCACCACCACCUCCAAGAAGGUCCGGCUCCAAAUCGAGUCGGAAUUUGGCGUGUCGCUCGAGAGCCAGAGGAAAGAGUUUGACCGCAUCGUGCUCUCCGUCAUGGAGGAGCUGGAGGAAGAAAACACCGAGGACGAGAACCUGGGAGGCGAUGAUGCCCACAACGAUGAUCACAGCGACGACGAUGAUGAUGGCGAUAACAAUGGCAGUGAUGAUGAUGAUGAUGAUGAUGAUGACGAAGGUGGCCGCAACCGCAGAACUGAAACCAAAGCCCGUCGAUCCGGCACCUCAAAAAAAGAAUCCAAGAAGGCGGCCGGCAAGAAGCGCAAACCCGAGUCCGACGACGAGCCUUCGCCCAGAUCCUCCAAAUCUUCCCGCCAGAGCAAACGCUCCUCCAGCAGCAAAGCUGGCUCCAAGGAUAAGGAUGGCUCUAAGCCCAAGAAAGAGACUGCCUUCACCAAGCCGCUGCUUUGCUCGCCGGUCCUGGCCAACUUCAUGGGCACGCCGGCUGCGGCCCGAACCGACGUCGUCCGCAAGAUCUGGGAGCACGUCCGUGCCCACAACCUGCAAGACUCGAGCGACCGUCGCUUCAUCAACUGCGACCAAGUCCUCGAGAACGUCCUGGGAGUCAAGCGCGUCCACAUGUUCACGAUGAACAAGAUCCUGGCGGCUCAUCUCAAGGCUGGAGGAGAUUUGGCCGUGUCUGCCAAGGCCGAGGCAUCCAGUGCAUCGCCGGCGCGGAUUGAGAUCCUGACCGAGACCGACAUCAAAAGCAUUCAGAGCGCCGUGAAGUCGUGAGCGACUUUGCGUCUGCGUUUUGUUGGCGUCAGGUCUUGGAAACUCGCUCCUCGCCCUCUUGGACUCUCGUACCGAUGAUACUGUGCCGAUUGUCGAAUUGGUGCAGCAUCUGCCGACAGCAACGCCACGCAUCCAUCAAUGCUUUUCCCAUCCAGCAUGUGGCUUGAGCCGCUGUGCUUGGACUCGCAAGGCCCCAGUGUCUUCUGCACGCACAUUGCCUGGAUUCCCCGUUCGUUUUUUUUCUCGCUUUCGUCCAAAACGGCACUGUUUCUGUCGAACCAGCUGCCGCUGCUCUUCGUCGGAUCCUCCCUUCGCUUAGAAUAUCUGUUCUAUACCGAAUCUCUUGCUGCCAGCACCACGGACCCCGCCACUGUCGCCAUGACCAUCGCUGUGAUUGAGACGUGGUCUCUCUUCAUAUCAUUUCAUGAAUACAGGAGGAUCUGCAGUCGACCACACGA